AUGAAUCAAGGUGUAUUAUUCCGUUAUUCUCCUGCUUCAGAUGCUGAAGAAGCACAGUUGGUAGUACCCUUGCAUGAAAGAGCGCAAAUUUUAAAAUUACACCAUGACGCUCCAAGUGCUGGACAUUACGGAGUAGAGGGAACAUUAAAUAGAAUAAAUCAACGAUAUUAUUGGACUGGUAUGAGAUCCUUCAUAGCUGACUAUGUUAAGAGCUGUGUUGAAUGCGCCAGAUACAAAGCCAGUAAUCAAAAACCUUGUGGACUUCUGCAGACACCAAUAUACAGCCAACGAUUUGNGAGCAAUGCUGCAAAAUCAAAGUCGGCCAAGUUCAUGCCAAAGAGAGAUGGACCGUACAUCAUCCUCACCCAAAGGUCCCCAACAUCGUAUGAAGUGGCCCACGUUGAUAAGCCAAAUGAACCGUUAGGACAGUAUCAUGUAUCUGCAUUGAAAAAAUGUUCUAAUGAAAAUGCAGUGCCGGUGGCACCUUUACGUAAACGAGGCAGACCAAACACUCUUGAUCCUGACCCAAAAACCUUGAUGACCCUCAGAAGAAGCCAAAAACCAAAAAGUGCUGUUCCCUCAACGAGACGUUUAAUCGGAACCAGAGGGGGAGUGUGA